CUUCUGUCCUACCUCUCUUGAAUAUCCCAGACACCCGAUUGCAAUCACCUACUCAUACGUGGUUGGAUCAGGUAAAAAACUAUACUGAUGUGGCGGAUUGUUGACUUUACAUAGACAAAGACGAUUUGGUGCGUCUUUGAACAUGGCCUAAUCUCAAUUUGUAUCUGUCUUUCCUUCCCCCAAACCAUUUGUGUGUGUAUGCGCUGCUUUAAUGAGUUGUUGGUCAGUGUUUUCCAAGCCAGUUGUAUCUAAAGUAGAUGAGAGUGCGUGUCUCAUUUCUCCGAGCAUGUGUUUUUGAUGUAGCCUGAUGUCGGCUCUGUGUGAGAGACUGUUUUAUGAGGAUGUUUUCUUCAAGGUAAUUAUAGCCGUGUGCUGAUAACCACACUCUCGGAACAUGGUCAACAUUCCCCUCCUGGCUGUUACACAACAAGUGUAUAGCAUUGAUGAACGUUUGCGUUGCGUUUGUAGCUAUGUAAACAUAGCCUGCCCUGUCAAAUAGUCUUGUCUGGUGUGUGUGAGUAAGGGGCAGCUGUAGGUUAUUGAGCUGCUAAUAAAGGGCAGUAGUCCAUCAGUUCAGCUUGCUAACUGGAUUGUGCAGCUUUAGCGCAUCCGAUGCAUUCAGCAGAUUAGUGUUGUUAUUAUUAUCACCUUCAAGUGUCCCACACCUUGGGGUUGGGCUGAAGCCUCUUUCAGCAGAUUUGGGCGUCCCGUCAUCUGCUUACGCUCCGCUUCUUCUUCGCCUUAUUGUUUUUCCUUAUUGUUUUUCCCUUUUGUUUUCUUUGUGUUUCAUUGUGUCCUCCUGGUCUCCUUCUUGUUCUUUCCCCUGCUCUCAGCCUUCUUCAUGUCUACCGGGCACAUGUUUUGAGACCGAGUACAGAAUCUGUCAAUAACAGAGUCAGUGUUUUCUUACCACACACACCACUGCUCGUCUUUCUUGUCAUUUUGUUGUCAGGGGACCAGCCAGAUGGUUCAUUUUCUGACAGACAUGGAUUGAUGUUUAGUUUGAAGUUUACAGCUAUUGUGAUGACAGGACUGUCACACUGGACACCAAUGCUAAUGGUUUUGUUAAAGUGACACUGAGUUUACUUAAUUCAGAGAAGGCGAGCUUUCUGACUCCUUGUCCAGAAAAGUAGGGGACACAGACGCCAGUGGAACGUGCAAUCAAAUCACUAACCGCUCAAAGUAAAAUCUCAAUAUGAGGCCUGUAGCAGUCACGUUAUGGAAAAGAUUUUAAAAUACAGUAAACCAUUUUUUGUUGUUUCUAAGGGAGUUUUUUUUGUUCUGUGUUGCUCUGUUGUGAGACAGACCCAAAUGCCAGGCAGGAAAGGUGGAUUUUUCUCAGUGGGAGAAGGUAGUGGUGGAUGACCUAAUGCAGUAUGGUUGGCUAUUCCACCGCUUUAGCCAAAAGGAGCUGUUUUUAGCAUGAUCCAUUCAGACAGAAUCGUUUUGUUCCUCCCUGCACUCCCUGAUGUGGUGUCACUGGGCCAUGUUGCGUAAGAGAGGAUCACUCAUCCUGUGUGGAGCUUUCCUAUUCGUCGCCUGGAAUGCUUUGCUCCUCCUCUUCCUGUGGGGUCGUCCACCCAUGGGUCGACUGGGUGAGGGAGGCGGCGCCGAACCAGGGGGCAGGGAGGAGUGGGGCAUGCGAAAAGGCAAAGCGGGCGGGUCCAACCUGGCCGGAGAGGUGAUCCGACUGGCCGAGGAGGUGGAGUCAGAGUUGGAGACCCAGAAGAAGCUCCUGAAGCAGAUCCAGAGUCAUCGAUCGCUAUGGGAACAGCAGAAAGAGGUGGAGAAGAGAGGGUCUGAGCAAGACGGGAAGCGGAGAGCACUGCCUCCGCAGGUGCCCCAGAACCCCCAACCACACAAGCCAAUUCAGCCAGUUGCCAGCCCACAGCCCAACCACAAACCCAUAGAGAAGGAGGAGAACAACGAACUUCCCGCGGAGAACGAAGGGGACCCCACCUCGUCCAACCCCGAGACGGUCAUCCCCAUCCUGGUCAUCGCCUGUGACCGGGUGACCGUCAGGAGGAGUCUGGACAAGCUCAUCCAGUACCGCCCCUCGCCCGCGCUCUACCCAAUCAUAGUCAGUCAGGACUGUGGUCACGCAGAGACGGCUCGCGUCAUUGGCUCCUAUGGUAGUCAGGUGAUGCACAUCAGUCAGCCCGACCUCGCGGACAUUCCAGUGCGGCCGGAACACAGGAAGUUCCAGGGCUACUACAAGAUUGCCCGCCACUACCACUGGGCCCUGAACCAGGUCUUCAACAGGCUGGGCCAUUCCACCGUGGUCAUUGUGGAGGACGACUUGGAGGUGGCACCAGACUUCUUUGAGUACUUCCGUGCUCUCCACCCUUACCUGCGCUCGGACCCGACCCUGUGGUGCGUCUCCGCCUGGAAUGACAACGGCCGGGACGGGUCGGUGGACCCUGGCCGGCCGGACCUGCUCUACCGGACCGACUUCUUCCCGGGCCUGGGCUGGAUGCUCCUCAAGGAGAUGUGGGACGAGCUGGAGCCCAAGUGGCCCAAGGCCUUCUGGGACGACUGGAUGCGUCAGCCGGAGCAGCGACGGGAUCGCUCGUGCGUGCGGCCCGAGAUCUCGCGCACCAUCACGUUCGGCCGCAAGGGCGUGAGCCUGGGCCAGUUCUUUGACCAGUACCUGCGCUACAUCAAGCUCAACACUGAAUUUGUGCCUUUCACCAAACGGGACCUGUCCUACCUGGUCAGGGAGCGAUACAACGAGGACUUUAUCAAGGAGGUGUACGGCGCCCCCCAGGUGAAACUGGAGGAAGUGCACGGGGGCAGCCUAAAGGGGGCGGGCCCCUUCCGCGUGCAGUACUCCAGCCGGGACAGCUUCAAGGCGCUGGCGCGCAGCCUGGGCGUCAUGGACGACCUCAAGUCGGGGGUCCCGCGGGCGGGCUACAGGGGCGUGGUCAGCUUCAUGUCCCGUGGCCGCAGGCUCUACCUAGCACCCCCCGAAGGCUGGACUCACUACGACACGAGCUGGAGCUGA